GUGCAACACCAAUGAAGCGCUGUCUUGUUUGAAGGUCGGCUUUGGGCGGAAGUAGCUUCGAGACCCUGAGAUGCGAAGAUGGGGGUGAAAUUGGAGGUGUUUCGGAUGGUACUGUACCUCACUUUCCCUGUGGCUAUGUUCUGGGUCUCCAAUCAGGCCGAGUGGUUUGAGGACUCUGUCAUACUACGUAAGAGGGAGCUGUGGCCCCCUGAGAAGGAAAGCCAGCGUCAAGAGCUAGAAGGAUUCAAGGAUCGUUUACGGAAGCAGCGGGAAGAGAAACUCCUUCGUUCUGCCCAGCAGAGCUCCUGAGGCCUCCUUAAAUCACC